AUGUUUGCUAGUGUGGAGAGUCCUUUUGUUCGAGAACAAAGGAAAUUGUUGCUUGGAGUUAAGGAGUCAGGGUCAAAAACUCCAAAGAACUUUGUUGCUAUGAAGUGCCUCGAGCGUGGCUCAAAGGUCCAUUUCUCUGAUAAAACUGCUAUGGAGAAAGAAAUCAAAGACGGGAGGUUUCUUGAUUUUGCUUCUGUUCAUGGUAAUCGCUACGGAACCAGCAUUCAAUCCGUGGAAGUGGUAACAGAUAUUGCAUGUUGUUAA